GCCCCGCCCGCGUCUCCCUCCGCGUCCGCCGCGCCCGCCGCUGGCGUCGGCAAGCGCUACCGCCCGGCGCCGGCCAAGACGUUCCAGUGCCGCGGCUACGGCGACUGCAGGAUGGUCUUCAGCAGGAGCGAGCACCUCGCCAGGCACAUCAGAAAGCACACCGGCGAGCGGCCGUUCACCUGCCACUGCGGCAAGCAGUUCUCGCGCCUCGACAACCUCCGCCAGCACGCCCAGACCGUCCACGCAGACAAGCAGGACCAGAACGAGCGCAUGAUGCACGACCUCACGUCCCUCCACGCCACCAUGACCGCCGCCUCCAAGGGCGGCCCCCGCAAGCGCACCCACGCCGCGUCCGCCGCCGCCACCGCCGCCGCCGCCGCGUCCGCCCACACCGUGCCCGCGCUGGACAUCAAGCGCGAGGACGGCGUCCACGUCCUCCCGCCCUUUCACCAGCGCCCCGGCACCAGCACCGGCUACGAGGGCGCCGGCGCGCUCUACAGCUCCGCCGGCACCACCUGGCACGUCCAGACGUCCGACGUCGACCGCCCCAGCAUACGCCAGACGACCAGCCAUUCCUUUCGUGACCCCGGCCAGUCCUUUCGUAACCCUGCAGCCGUCCAUGUCUCAGCCUCACCCACUUCGUCAACCCCG